AUGGGUAGCGAAGAAUUAGUUGGUGAUUUAUCGAAUCAAAUUUCCGAAUGCAAAAUUGAUUUUGUUGAAAAUGAUAAAGAUAAAAUUAUAAAUAAUUGCGAAAUGACUACUGAAGUUGUGAAAAAAAUGGCGAAUAAUAAUGAUUUAUCGGUAAAUAAAGAAGAAAUUUCGGGUGGUUCGACGAACUUCAACCGCGAAGAUUUAUCAGUGGAAUCUUCAAAUGAGAGGCAAUCGAAUGUGGUUAGUAGUACCAAUGACGAGCAGGAGAAAGGCCUAAGUGGUUCUGGUUCUGCUUUCCCUUUGGAUACUUCCAGUUCCACUAAUACCCACUCGGUUGUUGUUACUUCUGCCGAUUCCCAUACCGCUAGUUCUGCUGAAUUCCCCUCUACUAUGCCUGCUGACACCUCUCUCGUCACAUCGACUAAUUGCCAAGUUAUAUCUGCUUGUAACAUUGCUGUUACGUCUGCUGAUACCGAUAUUGCUACUUCUACUGAAAAUGUUGCUUCUCCUUCUCCUUUUGUUAAUACUUCUGCUAGUUCCACCAGUGGCACUUCUAACAUUGUUGCUCAUUCUGGUUCCACUGAUGUCGCAAAUGCAAUAUCUACUAGUCUCGCUAGUAGUACUUCGACAUUUAAUGAUGACGCAACGAAUUCUGUGCUUGUUGACGAUAAUGCAGCUAAAAAUGUUUCUGCUGAGGAGAAGAAUUCUGUAGAUAUUAUAACCAAAGCAAACAGCAAUGAAAUUUCUGCAAAGAAUCCGGAAGCAGUUGUUAAUGAAGAAAAAUUGAAACUUGAUAGCAGCAAGGAUGUAAAUAAAAUAAAUGAUAAUUCGAUUGUUUUAGAAAAUAAAAGUAAAAUAUUGGAGGAUAAAAACUAUAUUGGAGAAUUAGAUAAGGAGAACGAGGUUCAGAGUUCAGUCGUUGAACAAAAUGAGGACAGCAAGGAGGAGGACGAGGAAUACAAUGAGGCAGACGAUGAUGAACCAGAUGAUGAUGAGAUUGUUGAUAAUCCAGCUUAUAUACCAAAAUCGGGAAAAUACUAUAUGCAUGAUUCACGUAAUAUAGAAAACGAUAUAAUUGAAAGUGGACCAGUUCGUUCUCGAGCUGAUGGAAAAUGGAAGCACGAUCGUUUCGAUGAACGUUCACAAAGACCAAAAUCUCGACGAGAGCUUGUUAACAGAUAUGGUUUUGAUAUUCGUUAUGAGGAUAAAAAUGGGGAGGAAGGAUCAGCAGGGAUCGAUAGAGAUGGAGGACGUGGUGGUGCCAUACGACGCGGUUUUAGACCUAGACGAGGCAGUAAAAUAAUGAGAGGGAGUAGGCGAGAGAAUCAACGAACAAAUCAGGGAUAUGAACAGAAAUAUGAAAAUCAAGGAACAAAAAGGCCCUUUCAGCAACAAACACGCAAUACACGUCGAAACGCUCGCUUAAUCAGGCCGAAUUUCAACUUGCUUCAAAGAUCCCAAAGAUACAAGGAGAAAACGGGAACUAAUCAAAUACAAAGUCAUAGAAACGAUAUGACUUACAAGGACAACCAAAGAUCAACGAGCCAGAAUGUGCACCCGAAUGUAUCGAGAGUUCAGGGCGGUAAACGUUACUCGACGCAAAGAGUCGCGAAUUCUUUCAACGAGCCCCAAAUCCCUCCUGUACAGGUGCCUGGAUGGACCCCGAGUUUUGUGCAGCCACCGAUUCCACAAGCUGUACCCAAUUUUCAUAACAAUGAUAUCGUCUACUUCGACCCUCAACAGCAACUUCGAAAUACUGCACCUCCCGUGCCGCGAGCAAAAAAACGACUGGAAAUAGUUCCUCCAACCCAGAGCACAAACCCUGAUUAA